AUUUAAUUGGUUUUUGUGAUCGUACACGUGACCUGUUUUGAAUCAAACGGGUGCCUCUUUUUUUUUCCCCUUCACUACUUUCACCAUUCGAAAUGUCAACAACACAAAAUGACAUUGUAAACAGUAUUUUAGAAGCCAUGAAGAGUGGGCAAGGAUAUAACUCAAGUACUGGAAGGUCCUUGAUGUUUCUUAAUGCUGUUGACUGGACACAGCCUUGGAUUAUAUCGAUCAUUGCAUUUCAUAUUAUAUGCUUUAUUACGGCUAUCUGCUUAAGAAAUCAUCAUAAUAGCAUAUCCAUUUAUUUUUUUAUCCUAUUGGGCUUUGCUUCCCUUACACAAAAAUUAAAUUCACUUGGUAUGAAAUAUUGGCAAUCAUUUUCUAAUACUUGCUACUUUGAGCCAUCUGGUGUAUUUAUUGUCAGUGUAUAUGCGGCUCCUUUACUUGUUAAUGCGUUUGUCACCAUGAUGUUGAUUAUUAAAGCAGUUGCGUCUUUGAUGGUUGAGACCAAGAGAAGGCAGCUUCAGCAAAAGAUCAAAAAGUUAUGAUACCCCUACUUUAUGUAAUAAACCUGGAACAAGCAGAUCUACAAUGCAUCAAAAAAGGGCAUUUUGCGUAACAUGAACCUAAUUAAAAAUUCAAGUUUGAUGUCCU